AGUCGGCAUGGGUUGUUUUGUCUUCCGGGGGGCUUUUUCAGGCUGUACUCUCAAUCGUGUUGACUGUCGUCGUUUGUAAAUACUUAAACUGAAGAACUAUAUCAACAGAAGUGAUUUCUCUUUCAAAUCCAUCAUCUGGAACUUUACUACAUGAACAUCCAGAAACAGAAGAAAGUCAUCAUGGAAAAAAGCUACAGGAAAAAGAAACUCCGCAUCUGUGUUGCCACGUGCAACCGUGCCGAUUACUCCAAGCUCGCUCCCAUCAUGUUCGGGAUCAAGGCCGAUCCAGAGAACUUCGACCUGGAGGUUGUAGUUUUGGGUUCCCAUCUGAUUGAUGAUUAUGGCAACACAUACCGCAUGAUAGAACAGGAUGACUUUGACAUCCACACCAAGCUGCACACCAUUGUGAGGGGAGAGGACGAGUCAGCCAUGGUGGAGUCUGUGGGGCUGGCGCUGGUCAAGCUGCCUGACGUACUUAACCGGCUCCGGCCCGACGUGAUGAUUGUGCAUGGAGAUCGCUUCGACGCUCUAGCCCUGGCCACCUCAGCCGCGCUUAUGAAUAUCCGCAUUCUGCAUGUGGAGGGUGGGGAGGUGAGCGGCACCAUCGAUGACUCCAUCCGCCACGCCAUCACCAAGCUUGCACACUACCAUGUAUGCUGCACCCGCACCGCAGAGCAACACCUCAUAGCCAUGUGUGAGGACAACAACCGCAUCCUGCUGGCUGGCUGCCCCUCGUACGACAAGCUGCUUUCAGCCAUGAACAAGGAGGAUUAUAUGAGCGUUCUGAAAAAUUGGUUAGGAGAAGGGGUGAAUGCAGGAGACUACAUAGUGGCUCUACAGCACCCAGUCACAACCAACAUUAAACAUUCCAUUAAAAUGUUUGAGCUGACCCUGGAUGCCCUCAUCUCCUUCAAUAAAAAAACACUGAUUCUCUUCCCCAAUAUUGAUGCAGGUGAAAAUGUUCUCCACGUACGGGAUGCAGAUACCCAGAAUAAAAUAUUUCAUGCACUGGAGCUUCAGUUUGGUAAACGGUACCCCUGUUCAAAGAUAUACGGAGAUGGGAACGCUGUCCCGCGAAUCUUGAAGUUCCUGAAAUCUAUUGAUCUGGAUGAGCCAAUGCAGAAGAAGUUUUGUUUCCCGCCUGUGAAGGAAUGCUUUUCUCAGGACAUUGACCACGUCUUGGAGACACAGAGCGCACUGGCUGUGGACCUGGGAGGGACCAACCUCCGAGUGGCAAUCAUCAGCAUGAAGGGGGAGAUAAUGAAGAAAUACAGCCAGUCUAACCCGAACACUUAUGAAGAAAGAAUUGCUCUGAUUCUGAAGAUGUGUGUAGAGGCUGCUACUGAAGCAGUGCGCUUUAACUGCAGAAUUCUUGGAGUUGGUAUCUCCACUGGAGGCCGUGUGAACCCACACAAGGGAGUGGUACUCCACUCUACAAAGCUGAUUCAGGAGUGGAACUCUGUCGAUCUGAGGACCCCUAUUUCAGACGCCCUCCACCUGCCCGUGUGGGUGGACAAUGAUGGUAACUGCGCUGCCUUGGCAGAAAAGAAGUUUGGACACGGGAAAGGAGUGGAAAACUUUGUAACUGUUAUUACUGGCACAGGCAUCGGAGGAGGAAUCAUCCACCACAAUGAGCUGGUUCAUGGCAGCACUUUCUGCGCAGCUGAGCUGGGUCACAUCAUGGUUUCCCUGGAUGGACCAGAGUGUUUGUGCGGGAGCAGAGGCUGCAUUGAGGCAUAUGCGUCGGGGAUGGCGCUGCAGAGAGAGGCCAAGAAGCUGCAUGAUGAGGAUAUGCUUCUGGUUGAAGGAAUGUUGGUGAAGAAUGAAGAAUCUGUAAGUGCUGUUCAUCUCAUUCAGGCAGCCAAGCUGGGCAAUUCAAAAGCAGAUAACAUCUUAAGAGCAGCUGGUGCGGCUCUGGCUGUAGGCAUUGUGAACAUCCUACACACUGUCAACCCGUCCUUGGUGAUCCUAUCAGGAGUGCUAGCCCCCCACUACGAGAACAUUGUCAAGCAUGUGGUCAGCCAAAGAGCUCUGACGUCCGCCCAGGGAGCCAAUGUGGUCACUUCAGAACUGGAGGAGCCUGCCCUCCUAGGGGCUGCCAGCAUGGUGCUCGACUACACAACACGAAGAAUAUAUUAGACACAGUGCUAAAAAACUACUCAAACCAGAAGCAGACUUUGCUUUUUUUAAUUGCAGUUCUAAAAAUAUUGUGUAUGCCUAUACUAUAUACAUUCAGUUAGCUGCCUUUAUUGACAGAAAGCCUUUUUGUUCAGUCAAAACUUAAGUCAUGUUGUGCUGAAGUUCUGUAUCUUUUUUUUGUUUUUAAAAAUAUAUAUUUCAGGUCAUUAUAUAAAGUAAGCUUCAAAAUUGUUCAUCUUAUGGAACACCAGAUUUUUUUUAAAUUGCAUAUUACAAAUUAAGUUUACUGUUUUGUUUUUAAUGGUGCAUGAUGCACCUCACAGUGAAAGAUGGAAACUUGCAUACAGAUAAUAGGAGAACACUGAAAUUGUUAUACCAUUGCAACAACAGUGAUAUAGUGUACCCUUUUAACAUGACUCAUUGGUUUACAUACCUUGUGAAUAAAUAGCUUGGAUUGUUUUUUCUUAAUGUUAUAAAGUAGUGGUAUCAUCCAUGCUGCUUAAUUUCAUUCAAACAUAUCACUGGGUGAAAGUCAAAUAAAUAGAUCAGUGUGGUAGUUGACCGCGACUGCAGUUAGCACUUUUAGAAAUGAUUUUUCUCUGUUUUCUUUAAAAAAAAAAAAAAAACACUUUAAAACCUACAUUUACCUUGAACUUGUAAUAAUUUGUUGGGUACCCUUCUGCUGACAGAUGUUUUAGGAAAAUAGUCCUCAUAUUGUUCAUAACACACAUCAGUAGAGAAGAAAAAAAAACUUUAUUAAACAAAUUAUUUUUUUCCUUGUCAGAGCUGCUUAUAGUUUAUCUGAACAGAGUGAGAUAUCUGUAUGGAGCAAUAUUACUGAACUGGCCAUGUCUCGCUUUGUUGUUGAAAGCAGCUGUCUGAGCUUCAUCGGCUGACUGCAGUUGCAGGUGCAGAAUUGGUGGUUUUUGUCGAUGCAGCCAGUAUUGAUUGGCUGGUUUUGGUGGAUAAGAAAAUUAAUUUGGACCAAUUGUGUCUGUUUUAGUAUUUGCCUCCAAUAGUGAACAAAGCUUAAAGAUACAGCAAGUCAAAAUAAAAAAUAAAAAACGUACUUGCACAGAUUGAUUUUAAAUUUGAUUCACAGGUGAUGCGGUGACAUUCCAAUGGGCAUCUGUUUGUAUUAAUGCCCACUAUAGCUGGAAGCUGAUUGGCUGAUGAUACUGAAUCGUUUUCUAAUAUCUGUUAUUGUAUUUGUCUUAACAAAAAACUACCUGAUACAUACUGCAUUGCGUUUUGCAACACUCAAUCACAAAGUCAUAGUAAAACUACCAAACAUCUUAGUCUAGUAGACAAAUAUUUGACGGUGUUGUUUUUUUAAAUGUCUGUUUGAAUGUAAAUUCAGUAUAGCAACAUUCUGUUUUACACUACUUUACCAGUGGAGUUCCUAUAUAUAUAUAAUUUAAAAUUGUCAAUUAGCUACCAUUUCUCAUUAUUUAUUAAAUGUAUGUUAAUGUUUAUAAAUGUAUUCUAUUUAUCUCAAUACACAGUUGAUCCACGAAAUACACAGAAAAUCCACGAAACAAAGGAUUCAAUAUUAAUAAAAUGAUUGACCUCGUUAGGAAUAGUGGCAUAACUGGUCAAGCUGGUCUUAAUCUGUUCAGCGGUGCCUGGAAAGAAAGUCUGAAAUGACAUUAUGUUGCUUUGUAAUAUAUUUGGUAUUGUUAAUCUGGUUGAACGUUAAAUUAUAGUUGUUUGAAAUUGGGUCUCGGUUUUUUUUUUGUUUUUUUUUUACAGAUUAUGCAAUCUCACUCUUCAGACCUGGUUAAAUACACUUAAAAUGUAAGGAUACUUUUGGUACAGUACACUAUAUUUGUUGUGCAAAUUCUUUUUUAAGCUCUUUAAUGACUGAUGGACAAUCCAGAUGUGUUGCCAUUAUUUUAAAGAACUACCUCAUGUUUUGAUUGUUGCCUCAAAUAGGUCAACAGGUUUAUUUAUUCCCCCGUUUUUAACUGGGGGCUGGGGAACUCCAAAUUUUCUGAUUGAGUGUUUGAACCUGCAAUACUGCAGUAGUCCACUUGUGAGUAUAUAUUCCUACUUGCUUUAUUCAGAAUAGAUUAGGGCAGGAGUUUUCAACUAGGGGUACGCAUACCCCUGGGGUGCCUCUAAAGGUCAUGAGGGUCCACACAGGAUGACUAAGAAUUACAAAAAUAAAAGUGAAAGUAAAAGAAAAUAAUGAUCUUGAUUUGUGUAGUAAGAGCUGGACGUAAAAGAUCAAAUCCUUUCCGAAAUGUACAUAGAAGGCUAAGAUUGAAUAAUAAAAUAAAAGCUUGGCGAAGAUUUGGUACAAAAUCAAGGCAGUUAUCAUAUUUACAAUGUAGUGUGUGAGACAGUUAAGUGAAAUGUAUAAUGUAUAUUAUAGUAAUAUGUAACAAGGUAUACUAGAUACUGUACUUUAUAGAACACUGAUUCAAGCCGUUUAACAUGUAUGCAUUGUACUGCUGUGUCACUCAGUUUGCUAUUACAAGCUGAUGUGAUCCAUGCUUUGAAGACCUCUGAUCAAGCUGAUUGCUGUUGGUGUCGUAUUUAGAAGUCUUUGCCUUUGAAGACAGUUUCUGUCCUUACACUAUAUUCUACACUUCCAUAGAUAUUUUGGGAGGUAAAAACUAUUUUGAAUGUAUGUCUCUCUUAUAUUGAUGCAUGGCUAUAAGGUUUAUGUUUAUGUUUUAGUCUAAGAGAGUGAUAUACUGGAUGCUCUAGAAUUUAGCCGUGGGCGUUUUUAGAUUUAUACAUGCUUAGCUUAAGGUCAGAACAUGUUAUAACCAUAAAAUGUAUUUAAGUAUUAAUGCUAUUAUACCUGUUAAGGCACUAGACUUCCCAGAUUGCCUGUUAGCUGGGAUUCAACCUAGUCUGUAACUACUCAAUCCAUUUUUAAGCAUUUAAUAAAAUGAAGGGGUAGCCUACUAAUACUAAA